UCUAGAUGAACAAACCCCUAAUCCAGAGUCCGUCAUCCUGUAAUCGUUUCUGACAACUCUAUACAGACGAUCCAGUGAGUACACAAGGAUCGUCCGGCAUAGCCAGACAUCAACCGAGACCGAACUUCUUUUGCCACGAAUGAAGACCGACAUGAAAACAGUCUCUGGCUACCAUAGCAACUCCCCUGGGCUUCGGCCAUAUUUUUUGUGGGAUACUCUCAGUGCAGUGCGAUAGUAGACGUCUUCCGAAUCGUGCUCGAAUUGAUAUACCGCAAUGGCUUUACAAAAAUAUACCAAAGGCAAACGACGUCGUCAAGAAUCUUUUGAUCAUGGACUUCAGAUUGAGGAAUUGUCUCCAGAUGACAUGGCGUACGACGGGGAUACUGAAGUUGUACAACCCGAUCAAUAUGAAGAUAUUGAUUCCGAUUUCGAAGAUGAUCGAGCUUUGAGGAAAUUGUGGCCAGAUACGGAUGAUGAACUGGCGGGACGGCUGCGACGGCUAUCAUGUGAUGCUCGCAACCACACUCCAAAGGGCCAUGGCGACGAAACCCGUGGGCAGAAACGCCAGUCGAGAGAAAUGGAUCCGGAAAACGAGUCUUCCGCGAGGAAACGAACCGAAAUCGAAGUGUUGGAAGUCGUAGAUGGUCAACCUGAACAACGACCUAUCAAGCGAAGAAGGAAACGAGUGGUGAAACCCAACAUGGCACACCGUGUGCUCAAGAAACAAGCAGGGGAAAAUUGGACGGAUAGUUCAGAGAAGACGGACGAUCAAGAGGUGAUGGAGUCUUCCAAUUCUGCGACCCCGGCCCCUGCAAGCCCGGCUCCAAUGGACAGGAAUGAAGAUGCCAUGGACAUCGGUUGAGCACCCGAGGAGUCACUGGAUCCAACGCUAAUGUUCUGGGGGUUCUCUCUCAUUGCAACGGCCACAUUUCAAUGUUGCAUAGGACGCAUCCUCUACAUACAAGACUCGCUUUAGUAUCGAAUAUUGUCGCCCGGGUUGGUGUUCAAGUAACAACAUCACUAGAUACUUUGUG